UAUUCUUCCUUACUCUUCAAAGGGAAGAAAGAGAUGGCAGGGGAAGACAACGGUGAGUUCUAUCUACGGUACUACGUAGGGCACAAAGGAAAGUUUGGACAUGAGUUCUUGGAGUUCGAGUUUCGCCCCGAUGGGAAGCUUCGUUAUGCCAACAACUCUAACUACAAGAACGACACUAUGAUUCGGAAGGAAGUUUUCCUCACCCCUGCUGUUCUUAAGGAAUGUCGCAGAAUCAUUGCUGAAAGCGAGAUAAUGAAGGAAGAUGAUAACAACUGGCCAGAACCCGACCGUGUUGGGAGGCAAGAGCUUGAGAUUGUGAUGGGGAAUGAGCACAUCUCUUUCACUACUUCGAAAAUUGGGUCUCUUGUCGAUGUUCAGAGCAGCAAAGAUCCCGAAGGGCUUCGCAUCUUCUAUUACCUUGUCCAAGAUCUUAAGUGUUUUGUGUUCUCUCUUAUCUCUCUCCAUUUUAAAAUAAAGCCAAUAUAAGCGAGGGGCAGAGCUUUUGCUGCAAUGACCCAAGAUUCCUGAGGAACUAUAUUUUGGUUUUGAUAGGUACCAGGAUAGAUAGGCAUCCAUGUUGCUUUCUUGCCCUUUUUCCAAUUUAGAUUUUCUCUGUUUUUAUAUCCUUGUUCUUAUUACUUGACUAUUGAAUUGUUUGGAUGGUGAAGGUGGUUUGGAAGUAGCUGUUACAUAAUCUGUACUUUGCCCAUACUUACACAUUAUUAUGAAAUUGAAAGUUUGGUGAA